GAACUGACUCUAAAAAGUAAAAAAUAAAAAAAAUCUACGUUUAAAAAAACCGACUCCAAAAACUGAUAAGUAUCAAAUAACUAAAAAUUUAAUUUUAUACAACCCUUUAAUAUUAAUAAAAUACUAUUAUUUGUAUGUGCUACAUAUUGAUAGCUUUGAAGUCGGUGCCAAGCCAAAUGUAAUAGUAAGUACCUACACUCGCCACGCGUGACUUUGAGCAGGAUAGCUUCGUUUAGAACAAAACAACCCAAGCGGACAGACACGCGUGGCCAGACAAGCUUAAUAAUUACAGUAAGUAUGCCGCUUAUAAUAUUUUGUUUAGGGCUUGGCACCGACUUAAAACCUAUCAAUAGGUAGCACAUAUAAAUAAUAGCAUUUUAUUAAUAUUAUAGGUAAAGGUGUAUUAAAUUAAAUUUUUAGUUAUUUGAUACUUUUCAGUUUUUGAAGUCGGUUUUUUAAACGUAGUUACUUUUGUUUUCCAACCAUAAGCCCAUAAAUUUUGUUCUCAAAUUUAAUUUGUGUGACUUGCAAUUAAGUCUGUGUUAUAACGAAAGGUUUACAAUAACAUUCACAAUAUUUACAUAAUUGUGUUACAUUGUCAAUUAAUUUACCUGUAUUAACAAAACAAACUAUACUUAAGUCUAAUUUUUUAUGACAUAUUCAGAGUUCUAUUCAUUCUAUUGUGGCUUCUUUGGAAGGGUCACAACAAUUUAGCCAAUGUCACGUUUCAGUAGACCACCAAGCUUAGAGUGUUAUUUGAUCGGUGUUAACGCGUUUACCAGAGUUUAUGGUAAUAAUCGGUGCCAAGAUUGAACAAAGUAUUAUUUUCUUAUUAUACUUGAAACAAGUAUACAAACAGAUUAUAAUUCACUUACAAACAACAGAUUACAAUCUUCUUCAGCAAACUGUUAGUUUGUCUCUGUUUGUGUGACAUCAAAUCUAAGAAUAAAUACUUAAAAUAAUACUUAAUCGCCGUAGCUAGUGAAAUUACUGGGCAAACGAGACAUAACAUCUUAUGUCUUGUCCCUUACCUUCAUUAAAAAAAAUGUCUCAAGUAGACGAGCGCAAUUGUAGUGCCGAUCAGAAUUUUUGGGAUUUUCAAGAAUCCUGAGCGGUACUACUCUCGUCCCUUAUUGCCAUAAAAAAAAUCUAAGAAAAACAAAAUACUACUAUGAGUUGUGAUUUUAUUUUAUGUACAGUGAGCAAAACCAAUACGGCCUUACAAAUAAACUUGGUAUAAAGUUAUACCUGAGAAUAAACCAAGAAUACGCAAAAUGUUGACUAUAUCGUUGAUAGCACAAUACAAAUAUAACUCUGAAGUUUUCCGAAAGUCAAGCUACCUUGCAAAAAAACGCGGGAAACGUUAUACGUCCGAUUAAACCAAUAAAGCAAAAUGUAUGUGUAAACACUUUGAUUGUGAUUGGUUUUUUCUCAGGUAUAACUUUACACCAAGUUUAUUACACCAAACAACAAGAACAUUGAUUAACAAAUUGAAAUUCAAUUUUCAGAGAAAUAUAGUUCACAGAGAUCUGAAGUUGGGCAACAUUGUAUUGAAUCAGAGAACGGGAAGAGUUAUUUUAACUAAUUUCUGUUUGGGAACUCACCUUGGUAGUGAUAGAGACCUUUUAAAAGACCAAAGAGGCUCCCCAGCAUACAUAUCACCAGACGUGUUACUGUGCAAACCUUACCUGGGUAAACCAUCGGACAUGUGGGCGUUGGGUGUUGUACUGUACACAAUGCUCUACGGACAGUUCCCUUUCUGCGACACGAGCUUAGCUCAACUCUUCAACCGAAUACAGACGGCGAAUUACAAUAUACCACCCGAUGGCAAUCCAGUGAACGUGUCGGAUAACACCGUGUUUCUGAUUCAGCGACUUCUCGUGAAGGAUCCCAAGCAUAGGCUUGUCGCUGAUCAGGUCCUGGAUCAGUUGUCAAGCAUAAUAGCGAGCUAUGUGGUGGUGCCCAACCCUCCCGAAGACCUCCAGGUGGUGCCAGAUGUGCCACUGGAGGAGGACAGUAAGCCGGAGCCGGUCACUAACACCGAGAAGAAACCACUGUUCCCAGUUGGCGAUGGAGAGAGAACACCUAACCCAAGCGACGAACUUGGUGUAUACUGCGUUCCCCUACCGGACUUCUUAGCGCUCAACUUUCCUUCCCCGACCCGAGUUCAACAAUCCAGCAUUAUCGUUCACCCGACCAACACAGAGGCGACCCAAACACAGAAGCAAAUAUCCAUCCAGCGCAUAGGACGAGACGCUAGACCCUUGCUGGCCUGUGAAAUAGCGCGAUACCAGCAUAUGUUCACGAAUCGCCAGGAGACCAGACGAUCGGAGACGCAGAACUUCGUGCCCGAAUCGCGGGAGAAUAGGACGAGAACACGCAAUACGCGUUCGAUACCUUCGACUUCUUCAGAGUUCCGGGCCAUACCGUGGUCUGAACGGCGGCUGCAGGUGGACCAGGAUUAUGUGCUACGGUUCCCGGAUAUAAGGAAUAGCAGGAUAAUGAACCCUGCGCCCGUGCAUUCGGUGAACCCUGAAGCAGUGGUGAACAAUCCCAGACCACCUACAGACAGCUCUGAUGUCGAAUACUGAUUUGCCAAAUUUGACCGAUAGUGGCUAUUGGCCAUAUUUUGUGUAUGUUGGAGUUUUAGAAUAAUGUUUUGAUAAAAUAAGUGUACAAACAUGACAUGUUGGAGAUAUUUACCUUAGAUCAUUUACACGUCUAGAUAUACUAUGACAGCUGUGAGAAUGUCGAAAAAAUUGAGGUUGGCAGUUAACCUCUAUUUUGACCAACACACUAACAAAAAGUGACAUACAAAUCGCGAGUGUAAAACGUAGCUUGUCACGCACACCAAAGUAAAUAACCCUGGCCUGUUUUCAUCGGUUGUUUAGCAAGAGGCUCAGUCUAAACGUAUUAAUUAUCUAAGAUAUUUACAUUCAAUAUAUUGCCUUUCCAUUUAACUUUUAACAUUAAGUAUUGCUGCUGUAAUAGCUAAUAAUAAUUUCGAAAGAAUUCUCAUAGAUGGAGCUAACAACUCUAAUAUUUAAAUUCUUUUUGAGGUCAUAUAUGAUGGUAAGUAAAUAUGUACAUUUAAAUUUAUGUAUAACCGAAAGAAAUAUCCCGAGUACACGCACUUUUCAGUAUCACAAGCUCACUCUAAACCGAAUUUAAACAAUCGUAGUAAUUUACUUGAAAUAACAUUGCAUCGGCUAAAUCAAUGGUUUGACCAUAAACUAAGAAUAUUCUAGGAUAUUGCAUUGACGACCUGACAACCUCCUAAUGAGUCACCAGUUUUGCUAUAACGCAUGACCGGUCUUGGCCCUAUGAUACCUAACCUACGACCUGAUAUUCCUAUAAUACUUGACCAGUUGUUUGCAUCGGCACAAUCUAUAGUUUGACCAUUGUCUUGGAAUGUUCUAGAAUCUACCGUACCUAUAGACGACCUGACAAUCCUAUAAGGCUUGACCAGAUUUUGCAUCGGCAGAAUCUAUAGUUUGACCAUUGUCUUCGAAUAUUCUGGAAUCUACCGUAUAGACGACCUGAUAUUCCUAUACGGCUUGACCAGAUUUUUGCAUUGGCAUAAUCUAUAGUUUGACCAUUGUCUUGGAAUAUUGUAGAAUCUACCAUGUAGACGACCUGACAGUUCUAUAAUGCUUGACCAGUUUUUUGUUUCGGCACAAUCUAUAGUUUGACCAUUGUCUUGGAAUAUUCUAGAAUCUACCGUAUAGAAGACCUGACAGCCCGAUACUGCGUGACCACUUGUCAACUAAAAUCGGUUAGAGCAACAAAAGAUUCGCUCACCUUUUCUAUCUUGCUGUAUCUCCGUUACAGACUCUAUCAGUGGGAGGCUUCUUUGCACAGAAUUCCACCACAACUGCGCCUAUUUCUGCCGUGAAGCAAUAAUAUGUAAGCAUUAUUGUGAUUCAGUCUGAAGGGCGCCGUAGCUAGUGAAAUUACUGGGCAAAUGAGGCUUAACAUCUUAUGUCUCAAGGUGUCGAGGGCAAUUGUAGUGCCGCUUAGAAUUUUUGGGUUUUCAUGAAUCCUGAGCGUAUUGUAAUGAGCAGGACGUAUUAAUUACCAGCUGAAUGUCCUGCUCGUCUCGUCUUGUGAUAAAUACAGUAGAAGACACACAAUGAGCCAUAACUUACUCAAUAAACAUUUCGCCGAAUUUCACCUACGCACGACACGCCACAAGUUACGAUAUCAUCCCCACCAACUGGAUGUGUGGCGGUCCUCCACAGUGCGGUUUUCAAGGAGCUUUCUUCCUCGUACCACGAAGCUGUGGAAUGAGCUUCCUUGUGCGGUGUUUCCGGGAUGAUACGACAUGGGUACCUUCAAGAAAAGCGCGUACACCUUCUUUAAAGGCCGGCAACGCUCUUGUGAUUCCUCUGGUGUUGCAGGAGAGUGUGGGCGGCGGUGAUCACUUAACACCAGGUGACCCGUACGCUCGUUUGUCCUAAUAUUCCAUAAAAAAAAACUACGAUUGUAAUUAUUAUGACGGGUACUCACGAUAUAUAUUUUAUUAAUUUGAUGCCGAUAUUUCGAUCCAUUUGCAUGAAUCGUGGUCACAACGGAACUGCAGAGGCGGCGAGAAACACUUGACACAUUGACACUUGACACUAAUAGCACAUCAAACUGUCGGCUUGGCGCCUAGUUCGUUUUGGUCUUUCAUUCCCUAAUUCACGACACACACUACUGACGACGUCCAUACUUUCGACCACGGGAUUCCAUAUUUGCGCUAGCCUAAAACCAUCCUCCGUAAUAAAAUUGUUAGGGUGCUUUUUAAUUUCUGUAGCUUCUCUAACAAGCCGUGGGAUGUAUUGGCGUUUAACGGCUUUAACAAGUGUAUCACAUAGGCGCACCGCAACGGUGGACCGGCAAGUGGCAUAUCUACCAUAUUUCAUGUAUGUCACUGAUAAAAUAGGUAGGAAUACUUAGGAGGAAGUAUGACAUAAAAAAAAUAUUUCAACGAUAAAAACAUAGCGAUUAUUUUCUAUGAUUUGAUUAUACUAUUUUGAUCAAUAUUCACAGUCAGACAGAGAUUUGGUUUGUAAUAUAAUGUAAAUAAUAAUAUAUAAGUAAUAAGCUAUAUUUUUAAAUAAUUCUAAUGCUAAUUAAUUAUAAGAAAAUAGUAUAUAGUGUUCAUUUUAUAUUGUGUUUUUUUUAUUAUUUUAGGUUUUAUAUGUAUUAUUUUUAAUUCCUUAUUUUAUCUGCUAUUAAUUUUUGUAAUGAAUUUGUACUGUUUUGACUUCGAUAUAAUAUAAGACCAAGUUUGAAUCAGACAGAGAUUUAAGCACGUAUUUGGAAGAAAAUGUAGUCUGGUGCAAAUCCUUUUUUUUUUGAUAAUUCGUCCCUAAGAAACCUUCAAGGAAUAUCGAUUAUACUGUUACGUUACGGAAAAUAACAGUAUCAUAACGCAAAUAACUUUAAUCUACACCCAUGCUUUAAAUCCUCUAUUAAAGAUUCUAAAACAGCUUAUUGGCUUGAGAAUAGGUCUCUGUUUUAGGGGCAUGAGAGGUGGUACUGCUGCAGUAUCUUCUGAUUGUGAACUUGUCAUAUUUCGGUUUCUUUUUAAACUUAGCACUUUGAAUAAUUCUUCACUAUCAUCAAAUGAGUGUUUGUAGUAUAAUACUCCUGAAUUAAUUCUUCAUUGUAUCCAUUUUAUUUGAUUCCAAACGACCUUUUCUUUCACUGAAUUUAUCUUUCUGUGUGAUUAUAUACGUAAUUGUAAAGUUAGCAGUUUUUGGAAGUUGUAGAACUGACUGUUGCAUUUCUUCAACAUUUAUUUUUGGGUUCCUAUUGACUGUUCUGAUUAGGUUUGCCCCGUCUUUUGGUAAUUCUAUUUUCACUGUAGUUUUUUUUAGAUUUUUCUAUAGAAGCAUAUAUAUUGUCUGCUUCCAUAUGUGUAUGGCCUGGUUCUAAAAACUUAUGGUUUAUAAUGCUUCCGAGUUGAUAGUUUUCUAUAAAAUACAUGAUCAUAAUAGCAACAUCAAUAUUUCGAUUCUGUCCUGGGCAGCUGUCACUAUACAUGUUAUUUUCUUCUGGGUUAUUAGGCAGGGUAUUCAGAUACAAGAAGCUCAACCAGCAAUUGUUUCAUCCCAUAAUAAACAAUAUGCAUCAGCUGAUGAUUGUGAUACUCUACAAAUUGUUAAUUUCGGGGUUCAUAAUUGGACGGAAUUCCAGAAAAACGUUCCAAACCACAAUCAUGUCGAAAUUUAGUUAAGAACACAAAACUGGUCACGUGAUUCAUAUCAACGGACUGACAAAAAAUUGCAGCCCUACUGUCACUCUUUAAAUGACAUCAUGACUUACGGCCGUUCGCAUUAUUCAGUUUAUCUCUUACUUGAGAUAAAAAUCGUAACUAUCGUUGACUUUUCUGUCCCAAUAAACUUAUCGACGGUUACUCAAGGUGAGUUAACGUCGAUAGUCCGUACACGCUGUCAGUCAAUGGGACGACGUAUAGCUUACCAGCGAUAGAUGUUUGUAUGGAAAUUUCAAUUAACGCGUCCCAAUAAGGCGAUAAGAAUGACUUAUCGGGUAUAUUGGGACAGCUUCAGAUUAUUGACAGCUAAUUACUGACAGUAGAAGUUAGUAAUUUAUCUCUAUCUGUAGAUAGUAUAUUGGGAACGGACGUUAGUAGCCCAACCCACAUGUAUGGAAUACACUUAUAUUUUAUACUUUAAAAUCGAAUUCCUUAAAGUGUGAUGUUUGUGGCUUGGAACGUUUUUCAGGAACGUCCAAUUGUGGCUUGUAAAAACUGAACCCUGCUGUUGAAUAAGGUAUUGGAAGACACUUCUGUAAGUCAAAAGACUGUUAUAACUUUGUCAUUUAAUUUAGCUUAUUCACUGUCUCUUCUUUUCUCAGCAUAUGAAGGCUAAUACAGCUUUUCAUGUUCAUAUCUUUCUGCCUCAAUUUAUUGUUUCUUUUCUAAGUUAGGCUCCACUUCCAAUUGCAAUUUAAAUUUGUCAUAUUUUCCACAAGUGUAAUUUUUCGGUUUUUUAAAUGUCAAGUUAAACUCUUCCACAAAAACUUUCCUGUAGUAGCUCUCUUUAACGGGGGUUUGUCCAUUUUUGUCCAUUAGAAAGAUCACCAUUUAAAUAUUUUUUUUGGGUAUGAGACCUAGAAUAGUGGCUUUCAUAAGUUGGAAACAUUUUAAUAUGCUCUUUUACUUCAGCCUUACUGGCCUCGCUAAUUCUUUUCAAUUUUUGGUGCCUUCCUCGCUGAUGUUCAGAAAGUAUUUCUAACUCUGAGUUCCUUUUUUUCUCAACAAUUACUCUUACUUUUUUCAAUGACAAUGAUAAUGUACUAAGGAACAUAGUUUGACAUACUUUAGUUCUACUUCACUUUCCUCUUUCGAAGUAUUUUCGGGUCCAUUGGCGUCUACUCAACCCAUUGACAACUUUAGUCGACUUGGACUUGGAAAUACUUCAAUCAAGCUUGCUAUAUACUGUGAUUGACUUUCUGCAGUGAAAUCAUAGAACUCGUCAAUUAUCUUUUUUCUCAGGUAUUCAGGAAACUUCUUAGCAAAUUUUUUCUUGCAAUUGCAGGAAGGCCUAAGUAUUUUAGCCGGUUUUAAGGUGUAUUUGCAUGAUUUAUAGCUUCUGCUAUGAGUCCUUUGUAACAUUUCUUGUCCAGAAUUUAGGAUUCCUUUUUCUUCUUCUACUCAAUUGAUUUGGACUCUCAGGAACAGCAAGAGCAGAGAUAUUAUUUCAGACAUUAUUCAAAUGUGAAGACAAAAUUUUAGUACUGGCAGCUGGUUGAAAAUAUGACCAAAGUUAUUUUAAAAUAAUUUUAAAGUUAUCUUUGGUCUUUUAAAUAUUAUUGUAAAAAUAUAACUGACUAAGGCCCUUCCCAAUGUUCAGUCUAUCUCUUACUUGAGAUAAAAUCGUAACUAUACUUUUGAAAGAGUUUCUUAGCCGAAAAAAUAUCAUACUUUUACAAUAAACUGGCAUUACAAUCUUGUUUCAUACAAAAACGUACUUUGCCCCUCAUAGCACCAUACCACAGAUAUAUUUAUAGAUUUGGAAAAAUAUCCCAAGUAUACAUAUAGACAAGUAUAUAAGCGACUAGCUGUUGCCCGUGACUUCGUCUGCAUAUACAUUGUAACCUUAGAUUAAGGAUUGAUCUCCGCUGCGCUCCAAAUAGAUACCGUACUACCUAAGAACAAUAGCUUUUUUAUUACGGCAUUUUUAUACUGAAGUGUGUAUUGUCUAUUUGUAAAGAUGCUUGUGUGCGUGGCAUCUUGACACUCAAUGGCAUCUUUCUAAUUUUGUAACUUAUAUACGCUUCGUGUUAAUUUACAUUGAAAUUAUUUAUUUAUUUCAGGGAAUAUUAUUAAAAAUUAAUAAGAUACUUACUGAUGUUAUGUGAUCCCAGUAUCUUUCUCAUAUCUUGUAGUAUUAUUAUUACAAAGUUUUACUACGCAACCCGGCAUUUUAGUUUCAAUUAUUAGCAAAGUUUAACAGAACAUGUGACACGUCAACGUCACACAUUGUUCGUGAUUGGCUCGAGUAUGCCCACUUAGGCGUAGUAUUAGUUGUCGCAAUUUGCGAACAUGCCUGCGGUAUCUAGUUGGAGCGCAGCGGAGGCCAAUCCUUAAUCUAAGGGAAGAGUCAUUUUAUUUAAUAAUUUGGAAAAGAAUUUGAAAAAUAUUCAAGUAUACAUAUAGAUAAGUAUAUAAGAGACUAGCUAGCUGUUGCCCGCGACUUCAUCCGCAUAUACAUUGUAUCCAAAUUAGUUGAUAUUCUAAUUUAAAAAACAAUAAUAACUGUCAUCGUUAAGGCAGCGUUUAUAAGAAACGUUUUCGAUCUUACGUUUUUUUCUCCGACUUUGUCUCUGACAAAUCUACUGACUACCACAAAAAAAUCUUUUUCGAAAAAAAAAAGUCUUAACAGAAUUUUCAUAAUGGAUUCAGUAGAUCCAGGGAUUACCCCCAACCUGACAAACUUUACCUCUUAAUAUUUGUAUGGAUAAACACUCUUCCUUGCGCGGUUUUUCCAGGACCAUAAGACAUGGGUACUUUCUGAAAAGGGCGUUUUUCUUCGUAAUUGGCCGUUAAUGCUCCUGUGAUUCCUCAGCUAGGUAUUGAAGGAAAAUGUAGGCGAUGGUGAUCACUUAAAAUUAGGUGACCAUUACUUUCGUUUGUUCUAUUCCUAAAAAAAGGCUAUGGUUGUAUUUGAUUAUACUUCAGACAUUUACCUCCCCCAUAUAUUCUUUUCGCAUACAUUCGCCAAAGCAAUAUAUUUAAAUUGGCUUUUUUAAUCAUUGCGCUAAGAUUUUAUUCAGCAUGGCAUUUUAAAGAAAAUUAGCUUCAGCCGAGAUAUAAAUUAAAAAAAAUAUAUGGAGGCACCAUUAAGCCUCAUCAUAUCAGCCAGAAGACGUUCACUGCUGGACGAAGGUCAAAAGGUCAAAGUACAAUUUCACUAUUUUCUUAAUUAUUAUCUUCCGUUGUUCUUCUGUUGCUGGCGUCUACGCCGCAGUAGACAUAUGUAACAGUAUGGAAACUAAGCCUUGUUUACAAAAUACUUACCUACACGUGCCUACAAUCCAUUGAAGCAAUAGGGUUGUCAUGUUAUUUUUCUAACCGACUUGAAAAAAGGAACUCAAUUCGACUGUAUUUUUGGAACCAAGUUUCAUAAGGGGCGUUGCGGAGUGUAAAAAAAAGUCUAUAUAUGAUGGCAAAUAAUAGCGUGACACUCGUCUUAACGCGACACUCGCAACUGCAAGACCGCGAAAACAGCUUAGGGGCCAACUCGAUGCGCAUGUUUGUCCACACUGUUACAUGUGUCGGUCCACAUUUCAUGUUAUGUUUCACCAAUGUGUACGCACCAUUACGCAGCUGUGUUAAUAUAUCAUUGUCUUGUAUUUGGUUUUAUUAUUUACUCCAAUGUUUUGAGGGGUUUUUGUAAACUUAAUUUUUAUUAUUUUUAGCGAAUUUAGUUACGACACAAAUAGUUUUGUAUUGAUUUGAUGGGAAUUAACCGCCGAAUUGUUUUGUUAAAUAUUUGUUUUGAUAUGUUAUUGUAAGUAGAACAAUUUCGUUGUAUUAUGUAUCCGUAUUGAAUAAAAUAUUUUUAAAGAGA